AGACCUUUCCAAAGGGGGAAACCAGCUGCUGCAAUGUCGCAAUCCUUUCUCCCACCUUCUCCUUCCUUGCCUACAGUAACAUUACAGAACACGAGGAGGAGAGGCGGGUACAGCGGCGGUAGCAGUGGUGCCACGGUUGUUUACCAGUGCUGUUUUACUCUUCUUGCUUGCCCUCUUCCUCGCUGGCGGAGGAUUUGCAGUGGCGGCCGCGGGGGCGGUGUUUGGAAGAAGAAGAUCGUCGUCAUGAUUGUUGUCUUGAUAAUGAUGAUGACGCGGCGGCGAGAACAGAGCACCGCCGUCCUCGAGGUGGGAGCAGCAUUGGGUGGUAGCGGCAGGGGCGCCAAAGCAGAGCAUCGAAGGAGGAGGAGGAGCAGAGUGGGGAGGAUGGACAUGCGCGGCGUCAAUGAUCAUGUGACGAGGAGGAUCGUCGUCGCUGGAGCAGAGGAGUUGGGAGAAUGUGGUCGGGUUCGGUCCCCCUAACAGAUAAUCGCCACUGUCGUCUUCGUCAUCGUCUUGUUGAUCUGCUGCUGCUGCUUCGGCCUUGACCAUCCGAUGGUUGUGAGGAUGAUGGCAGUGAACAGAGGAAGGAGUCAUGGCGGUGGUCUGCUGCUCGUCAUCGGUCAUCAUUUAUACAUGCGGUUAAAGAAGCAAUAGUAGUAGUGGU